ACCUAAAAUGCUCAACAAACAGAGCUAGUUUUUCUAUGCCCGUUUUAUAUCUGAUUCGCAUGAUACAUGGAUACAUCGAGAUACAUCUGUGCAGAUCUGUGCUGGAAGAGAAUGAUCAAGGAUGAGGAGAUAAAGUUUCCGCCCCUGAAAGUUACUGCACUGUAAAUUUGUAUACUAGUCGUUAUAAGUGAAUGUCUUUGUCAAUUGUCAUGAGACAGUUACGAUGCACUAUUCUCGAUGACAAGUUCUGUACAUAUAACAAUUCCGAGAAAUGAUUAUAUAUUUAUGCACGUCUUUUGUACAACUUUUUUUAAUAAUGACUGCAAUUUGAAAGGAAAUCGACGGUGAUCUUCACUGAUUCAUAUCCAUGGCUUUACGUAUGAUGUCAGCAAUUGUGCCAGGCACCCAUAAUGUAAUCGAUGCUAAUCAAACUUAUGAUCAUGCAGCAGAACGUCAUAAACUAUUGGAAGAUUUAUUAGCUGCUGCAAAAAAGUGUCACAUUAGAUUUGGUGGACGUACUGAAUUAGCAACUGAAUUAGAUUUAUCUGUUUCACAUCUCUGUCAUGUAUUCGAAUCAAUUUUUAGUCACGGAUUACGUACAAAUUGCAUUGGGAAAAUUAACUCAGCUUUAAGGCAUGUGUCCGACAUAGUAUCCGGUAGUAAUACAAAAUCAUGCAGCAUAUCAGAUAUGGCAUUUUGGCCAUGCAUAAAAGAGCAAUUAACGUGGCAUGAACAAGAACGUUUUAGUAUAUUGAAGAGAGUUCAUACGGAUUAUGGUCGUGGUAGAGCAUGGCUCAGAGCAGUAUUAAAUGAGCGUUCUCUGGAACGCCAUUUACAUACUAUUAUCGACCCUACUGUAUUGUCUCCAUACUACGAAGAUUGGGCAUUUUUACUUGACCAAGAACGUAGCGCAGUACUGCCAAAUGUGGCUGCAGGUCUUGGUAGCAUUUUAUUUGCAAUUAGUGUAGAUAACGAAGAAUUGGAUAACAAUUUAAGGGAUAAAGAUAUGGAGAAACAAAAGGUUUCACUAUCAGAGCCAAUUAUAUCGUCUGCGGUACCAGGGCCUACUUUAAAACAACAGAAACAAAGAAAAAAAGUACCGACGCAUAUAAUUUCCUUCGAUAACGAAGACGAUACGUCGGAGACUACAGAAACUACCGUUUCCGUUAGCGCACCUCCAACCUGUCUCAAUUCCCCCACAAUAAUAUCAACAAAAAGUUCUACGUCGCUUACUUUAUCAGUGUCGCAAUCUCAAAGAGAAACAAAUGAUAACGUAGCGGCCGACAAACCGUCUUCCGAGUGGGAGAAACGUGAAUCAUUCGAAGAAGAGAAAGUAUUAACCCCAGUUACAGAUUCAGAGAAUAUGGGUGGACUUGUUCCUGUAUCACCUUUAGAUCAAACGUUAGAUGACAUGUUGAUAGCUUUACCGAACUACUUAGAUGAUUCAUCCGAGGUCGCAGAAGCUGCAGUGGAAGCUACCGAACCACUUGCAGGGUUAGAUGCUCAUCUAGAUGCAGAUAGUUUAGACAUAGAGGCGUUACGAAUAAAACUUUUAGCAACUACCGAAGUACUAGAACAAGCUAAAGAGGACGCCGUGACUAGUAGAUUGCAAAUUGCUCGUUUACAAAGACAACACCAAAAUUAUCUCGAAAGACACGAGUUACAGUUGCAAACAUUAAAUAGGGAAAAUGAGCUAUUAAGACAACAAUUACGCAAGUAUGUAACGGCAGUACAAAUGUUAAGAAGAGAUUCCGAUUCCACUACAGUCUCCGAAGAGGAUCCAUCGUUAGAUUAUCAUAACGAAGCUCAACAGUACGAGGAAAAAUUAAUUCAGGUCGCAGACAUGCACGCGGAAUUAAUGGAAUUUAACGCUAGACUAACUCUUCAAUUGACUAAUAGGGAUAGAUUAGUUAAAUUACUACAAGCUGAAUUAGAGUGCCUUCGUGGCCCCUUGAAUGAAGAUGACCUACCAUCAGAACCUCCAUGUCUCAUUCAUAUAUGGAUUCCAUCUGCAUUUCUUACAGGCCAACCUUCUGAUAUUCACCACGUUUAUCAGAUAUAUGUACGCAUUAGAGAUACCGAAUGGAAUAUAUAUAGACGAUAUGCGCAGUUUCAUGCACUUUAUAGAGAAUUGAAAAAACAUGAUACUAUUAUUACUACUUUCGAAUUUCCACCAAAGAAGACAAUAGGAAAUAAGGAUGCUAAAUUUGUAGAAGAAAGACGACAAAAAUUGCAGCAAUGGUUAAGACGGAUUGUUGGGAGAUUAGCACAAUGUUCACCCGCGUUUGUGUCCAGACCAAGUAGACAGACGCUUAUAUCCUUAAUGCCUUUCUUUGGUGAUAACCCUAAUACUGAGGAUUCGAGGAAAAAUAACUCUACAAGAAACACAUUUUCUUCUUCCCCUCAAUACAUGGGUUUAUAAUUAUUAACGUUUUUAUAGACAAUUUGUACAUACACGAAGCCUUUUUAUUUUAAUGUAUAAAAUACUUAUGUUGCUCUAUAUAUAUAUUGUGUAUAUAUAUAUAUAUAUAUUGUUGACAAUUAAAGAGAUGAGCAUAUGCCUGUAUGUAUACAAACACAAUUAACAUACAUUCACACAUAUGCUGUUUAUAUACGAUAAUAUGUAUAAAAUUAAUAUGUAGUCAAAAUAAUUAAAAGUUAAUCUUUUUUACAAAAGUAUGUAUUAUUUUUUUUUACAAAUGUCUAUAUGUAGUAUUAUUUAAAAGUCUAAUUCAUGCUCAAAGAGAAAUACUAAUCCUAUCUCCAAUCUUUCAAUCAGAUAAAAAAAUAUAUUUCUUAUACACUAUAUAAAUUUGUUAUAUGCCAUAUACUUUAUAAUAAACAUAUUAAAAAAUAUUUUUUUAAUGUAGUUUAUCAAAUAAAAAAUAUGAAUUGAAAUGCAUAUGAGAGGUGAUUGAUUAACGUAUGUACCAACAAAGGUAUAUUAAAAAACUAUAGACAACGCAAAGAAUUAUAAAGAAAAAGUAUCGUACACCGUUCUUAUUGAAUUGUACAAUAUUGACUUGAAUCUCGUUUUCUAAAAAUUUUAUUCAUGUAAGGCGCCUUAACAGUAAUAUAAAAAGGUACACUUUUCCAUUUAUACUUUAUGAUAAAAAUAAAAGUGCAUAUUGUUAUUGGAACAAGUACAUACAGUAUUAUGCUGGUAAAUAAUACAACUAAUCGCAUAUAAGAUUCACAGGUUUAACAAGUUUGCAUAAGAGUCUCACUAUGGAGAGGUAAGGUUAGAGAAUUCUCAAAGAACCAAUUGUCGAAGAACAAAUUUCUCACGUAAAACUCAUUGUUCCUCAAGCGUAACGCUUGUUAAACAAUAAAUAUAUUCAUUUCAACGAGGAAUUUCAAUCGUAAUUCGAAUCGAUAUUUGUACUGAGCGAUACAAGACUGCGUUUUACCUUUCCAUAUUGAGAUAUAAAAGUUUCUUGUAAUAGCAAAGUUUAUCAAGACGUUAAUAUAAUUAUCAUUAAUACAAUGACUACCGAGUUUGUGGAACCGUAAUGCAUUUUUUGUUUGUUACAAAGGAACCAACGGUACAUUAUUGUAAUCAUAGUGUGUUCAACGACAGCGCGAUACGAACAUUUUCUUUUGUUGCCCAAGAAAGCAGCAAAAUAAAUGACAAAUAUCGAUGCAACGAUAUUUGUCGCUUUCGGGGUUGAGGACGCUUACAUUUAAUUCGAUACUGAUGUAUCGAACAAGUAAGAUUGUGUGGUAGUCGAUGUAUUAGAUGUAAUUAUAUACGCUUUAAACGAAUCUAUGGAAUCUAUGUUAUAGCGCGUCGCAAUCAUAGCAUCAUAAUCAUAGUAAGUUUCGUAACGUAACGAUACACGUUUACAUUACUUGUAAAAUUGUUUAUAAAUCAGACACAUUCAUUUUCAAGACAGUAUCAUACAAUCUAAUAUUUUGUCUUGCAAGAGAGAGAGAGAGAGAAAUAAUCGAAUAAACCGUUAAAUAUGUUAUUUAAUGUUUCGAUAACGAUAUGGAGAAUCGAUACUUAAGAUUCAAUGGAUACUAGAAGAGAUUAAUACAAAUCAUUAACAAAAACGUAAAAAAAGUAACGAAGAUUGUGAAAAAAAAGUAAUUAAAAAAUAUCUCUAAACAUAUGAAUCAUUAAAACUUUGAAUAUCAAAUAUAAAUAAUGAAUAAUAAUGAUGAAAUACUCAAAAAUAAGGCAAUAAUAUUCUUUUACAUACUAAAUCUUAUAUUUUAAUUUGCCUUUAUAUUUUUAAAUUCGAUAAUGCACGAAAAAUACAAUGCGUAAACUUAUCACUUAAAGAGUAUUUUAUUCCGCAGAAAAUAUGAGUUUAUCUAUACACAUGUAGCGUUUUCAUGAGAAAUCAUCAGAUUGAAGAAAAUGAAUCUGGAUCAUGAGAAAUUAAGAUACUUUACAAUACUGAUACGCGCAGUGCUAACUAAAAAAAAAGAAAAAAAAACAGAAAAAAAAAAGAUAUUAAAUGGGUGUGUUCGUGAAAAUGUAUCGAUACCUUGAUUUACGAUUCACAGAAAUGCAUGUGAUUAUCGUUUAAAUGAAUUAUUUAUUAUUGUUCAAAUAAAAAAAAUAUAUAAUUCCAUCGAGUAAGAAUAAUGAUUAAAAAAAAGUAAAAA